AUGUUAUCAAAGAAACUAAUCCUGACUCUUUUGGCAGCCUCGCCAGCUGUCGUUAAUGCUGUUUUACCAAUACACAUUAAGGACUCCCGUUUCAUUAGACCUGCUUCUGUGGAUAAUGAUCCUUCUGAAAACACAGUUUUCUUUAUUAAAGGUAUCGAUUACUUGCCAGGUGGUGCUUCAGGUUAUGAUGCUUCCUCCGGUAAAGAUGCUUUAACUGAUCCAGAGAUAUGUGCAAGAGAUGCCUAUGCUUUCCAGCAAUUAGGGAUUAACACAGUCAGAAUUUACUCUUUGAAUCCAGACUUGAAUCAUGAUAAAUGUAUGACCAUUUGGAACAAUGCUGGUAUUUAUGUUAUGUUGGAUGUUAAUGCAGGUGGCUACGGUGAGAGUUUGAAUCGUGCCGACCCAUCCGGUACUUACAACUCCGUAUACUUGACUAGAGUUUUCAAGUUCAUUGAUGCAUUCAAGAAUUAUCCAAACGUAUUAGGUUUCUUUGCUGGUAAUGAAAUCAUUAACGAUGAAAAAAAUUAUGCGACUUUGGAUCCACCAUACAUCCGUGCAGUUCAAAGAGAUAUGAAGCAAUAUAUCAAAAAACAUGCCAAUAGAACUAUUCCAGUCGGUUACUCUGCUGCUGAUAACACUGAAUUGAGACUUGCUACAUUUGAUUACUUGCAAUGUAACGUCUUGAAUGGAACCGGAGUGAGUUCAAUUUUAGAAGAGUCAAGAUCCGACUUCUACGGUUUAAACACCUAUAGUUGGUGUUCAGGUACUUCUACAUGGUCCACUUCUGGUUAUGAUGUGUUGAACUCAACCUUUUCAGAUACAGUUAUUCCUCUGUUAUUCUCUGAGUAUGGUUGUAACAAGAACUCACCAAGGACAUUCGAUGAAGUCUCUGAAGGUCUUUAUGACGGGUUAAUCGAUGUGUUCUCGGGUGGUUUAGUAUACGAAUUUAAUGAAGAAGCUAAUAACUACGGUUUGGUGGCUAUCGAUGACAGUACUGGUGAAUUAACUUAUAAAGAUGACUUUGUUAACUUGCAAAAGCAGUUCAACUCUGUUGAAAUUCCAACUAUUUAUGAAAAAGAUCUAGACGCUGCUACAUCUACUUAUAAAUGUGAUGCAGCAGUCAUUACUUCUAUUUACGAAAGUUUCGGUGUCAGUGGCUUCAGUAUCCCAACUCAACCAGGUGAAAUAUCUAGCUUAAUUGAAAAUGGUGUCAAUGGUAACAACACUGGUAUUAUUUUAACUGAUUACUCACCACCAACUACAUUUAGCUACACAAUUAGAGAUACGGAUAGUAGUGUGAUUUCUACAGCAAAAAUCACAUACGAUUCCACAAAUAUGUUAAAUGCAGUCAAAGUUUUGACUACUUCUUCAGCUUCUAGUGCUACAUCAGCUUCGAGUUCGAGUUCCCAUUCGAGCUCUACAUCAACUGUCUCUUCAUCUUCAUCAUCUUCUUCAUCUUCUAAAGGCGAUGCAAACCUUAAUAGUCAUGCAACAACAGGGCUAUUUUUAAUUUUGAGUGCCUUCUUAACCGCAUUUUUAUAG